CCCCAGCCCCGCGGCGGCGGCGGCGGCGGCCCGGGGCUGCUGCUCCCGCUGCUGAGCUGCCUGCCGGCCGCGAGCUGGAUCGGGGUUACUAGAGUUCAAACGCAUCUGAGAUCAGCAGGCGUGGGGGGAGGCGGUGCGGAGAGAGAGGAAGGGGCCUUUGCCGUGAGCAGGCAUCAAAGAUUAAUGGAUGGCUUUGCAUCGCAGUCUGCAGUAAACAGGAAACUAGUCUGAAAGGAAAGGAGAGCACUGUGUGUCUUUUUUGUUUUGUAAAAUUCGGAGUGUGCACUUCUACUGGAUCUUGAAUCGGGCCCAAAAGGAUGAGCUGUCGGUGCUGCAGUCGUGACCCAGGCUGAGUGCCCGAUGGCAGAGGAGAGGUAGUCUACUCCAAGGAAAAAAAACAUGGCUGCAAAAGAGAAACUGGAGGCAAUGUUGAAUGUGGCUCUGAGGGUGCCAAGCAUCAUGCUGUUGGAUGUCCUGUACAGAUGGGAUGUCAGCUCUUUUUUCCAGCAGAUCCAAAGAAGUAGCCUCAGUAACAACCCUCUUUUCCAGUAUAAGUAUUUGGCUCUUAAUAUGCAUUAUGUAGGUUACAUCCUAAGUGUCGUGCUGCUGACCUUGCCCAGGCAGCAUCUGGUUCAACUUUAUCUGUAUUUUUUGACUGCCCUGCUCCUUUAUGCUGGACAUCAAAUCUCCAGAGACUAUGUUAGAAGUGAACUGGAGUUUGCCUAUGAAGGACCAAUGUAUUUAGAACCUCUCUCCAUGAAUCGAUUUACCACAGCCUUAAUAGGUCAGUUGGUGGUGUGUACUUUAUGUUCCUGUGUCAUGAAAACCAAGCAAAUCUGGCUCUUUUCAGCUCACAUGCUUCCUCUGCUAGCACGACUCUGCCUUGUUCCUUUGGAGACUAUUGUCAUCAUCAACAAAUUUGCUAUGAUUUUUACUGGAUUGGAAGUCCUCUAUUUUCUUGGGUCAAAUCUUUUAGUACCUUAUAAUCUUGCUAAGUCUGCAUACAGAGAGUUGGUUCAGGUAGUGGAGGUAUAUGGUCUUCUAGCCUUGGGAAUGUCCCUAUGGAAUCAACUGGUAGUCCCUGUUCUGUUCAUGGUUUUCUGGCUCGUCUUAUUUGCUCUUCAGAUUUACUCCUAUUUCAGUACUCGAGAUCAGCCUGCAUCACGUGAGAGGCUGCUUUUCCUUUUUCUGACAAGUAUUGCUGAAUGCUGCAGCACUCCCUACUCUCUUUUGGGUUUGGUCUUCACCGUUUCUUUUGUUGCCUUGGGUGUUCUGACACUCUGCAAGUUUUACUUGCAGGGUUAUCGAGCUUUCAUGAAUGAUCCUGCCAUGAAUCGCGGCAUGACAGAAGGAGUGACACUGUUAAUCCUGGCAGUUCAGACUGGGCUGAUAGAACUCCAGGUGGUUCACCGGGCAUUCCUGCUCAGUAUCAUCCUUUUCAUCGUCGUGGCAUCUAUCCUCCAGUCCAUGUUAGAGAUUGCAGACCCCAUUGUUUUGGCACUGGGAGCCUCUAGAGACAAGAGUUUAUGGAAACACUUCCGUGCUGUGAGCCUUUGUUUAUUUUUGCUGGUAUUCCCUGCUUAUAUGGCUUACAUGAUUUGCCAGUUUUUCCACAUGGACUUUUGGCUUCUUAUCAUUAUUUCCAGCAGCAUUCUUACCUCUCUUCAGGUUCUGGGAACACUUUUUAUUUAUGUCUUAUUUAUGGUUGAGGAAUUCAGAAAAGAGCCGGUGGAAAACAUGGAUGAUGUCAUCUACUAUGUGAAUGGCACAUACCGCCUGCUGGAGUUCCUUGUGGCUCUCUGCGUGGUGGCCUAUGGCGUCUCAGAGACCAUCUUUGGAGAAUGGACAGUGAUGGGCUCAAUGAUCAUCUUCAUCCAUUCCUACUAUAAUGUGUGGCUUCGGGCCCAGCUGGGGUGGAAGAGCUUUCUCCUCCGCAGGGAUGCUGUGAAUAAGAUUAAAUCAUUACCCAUUGCUACGAAAGAGCAGCUUGAGAAGCACAAUGACAUUUGUGCCAUCUGCUAUCAGGACAUGAAAUCUGCUGUGAUCACGCCUUGCAGUCAUUUCUUCCAUGCAGGCUGUCUAAAGAAAUGGCUGUAUGUCCAGGAGACCUGCCCUCUGUGCCACUGCCACCUCAAGAACUCCUCCCAGCCUCCGGGGUUAGGAACCGAGCCUCCACAGCCUCCUGCUGAAGCUGAACAUGUCAUGCUUCAGGAAGGUUCUGAACCCCCAGGCCAGGCACGUUCUCCAGGGACCAGGGUACAGGAGGAUUCUGGGGACAGUAGUGGGCCUGUUGCCAGAAGACCAGAUAGCCAGGAAGGGGCUGUUGACCCCAAAGAAUAUCCUCAUAGUGCAAAAGAUAAAGCACUUCCUGUAGAGUCAGCUUAGAGGAAAGGAAGCAGAAAUGAUGUGUUGGUACUCUGUGGGGAAGCUAACUCAAGAUGGAGUUCAUGCUCCAGUUCGGGGAAUGGACAUGUGAGACGAUCAGGCAGGAAACUGACAUUCCAGGGAUCUAAUCCAGGAAGUACUCUCAGUGGAGACCACCUGCUUUCAUCCCCUGGCCUAUGGGAGAAAUUCUGCCAUGUAUGCUCAUCAAAAUGUAUUUAUAUACUCUAUGCUGAUGUUUUGUAGAGGUUUGCCAAGAGAAUUCAACCUUCACAACUUCAGAAACUGCCCCUGAUGUGUGUGAGGGAUCAAUAAAAUCAGAUUUGCGUGUUCAGAGGGACUGAGGAGAUGAGAAUCAAGAGGACGAGCACAAGCGUGGCAGGCACAGGCCCAGGCGGAACUGGCCUUUCACUGCCGGGGACGGAUCAUUCUUGCCACGGUGUGAAGAGCGACCAGCCCUUUCUCCACCCCUGUUUUCCUCAGUCAGUCGGAACUCAGUCAGGUGAUGGUCGAGUCUUGUACAGCACUGAAAUGAAAUCAAAGAUGUAGAAGCAUCGAUUGUAUUCCGAGAGCGCAGCACGCUCACACUCGUAUGUGCUUUAGGGAAGGGGGGUGGGUGCGCGGGCCUUGCGGGUACAUUUGUGUCAUAUGAGACUCUUGACCUUCAUGACGGAGUCUUCAAUCUUUUGAUGUAUAUGAACCUUUUGUUAAUAUUGUAUACUUCGUUGGCUGUGUGACGUAAACUAAAACUCUAAUGAACACUUUGGAGUCUGCUUUAGUGAAGGAGACCAAAGUGGGAAGAGCUUUAGGGCACUGAUGGAGGCCUGGGUGUACCUUUCAGUCCUGUGUAAUGUUUAGUUCUCACAGCUGAAUCCAAACAGUAUUAAAUUAUGGCAAUAUUUGCACUUUGGGAAUGAGUACAUAACUGUAUGAUCACACUCUGCAAAUGCCACUUUUAAAGCUGUUAGUAGACUUUGCACCUUUUCUUUGACAAGGAUGUGUCAUAUUUAGAUUUUUACAUUCAUCAUGGCUACAGGUAGCACUGGGGAGGGGGGAAUGGAAUUUUUUAUGGGAAUUUUGAUAUGAAAAGAAACUAGUCAUUUAUUUAUACAAUAGGCUUGGCUCAAAAAAAGUGUUUUUCAGACCUUGGUAUUCCUAAUGUGGGAUGUGACUUUAUUUUAUUUUUAGUAGCAAAUUUGGAUGUAGACCGACAGACAUAGCUGAAUGUCUUAAUAAAUUUACAUUUGAAGAUAA